CCAACCACGGUGUCGACAUCAAGACAAAGUGAUAAUGGAAGAAGAAAAACACAAGAAAGAGGAAGGAAAAGAUAAGUACGAGCCACAUGAGCAUCAACCACCGUAUAUCUCGCAGAUGCAACCGGUGACGUACGAAGCUUACGGAGGUGGCCUCUACGGUAAGGACGAUGAGAAAGAGGGAAAAGAUGUAGAGAAAGAGCCUAUGCAACAUAAACCACCGGCCAGUGAGACACAGAGCGCAGAUGGUCCUGAUGAGGUAAAGUCGCUGACGCCGAAACACAAGCAACCAGCUUCUUCCGGCGAUAGAGACAUUGACAUCACUGGCCAGUCUUACAUUCAGUGAGGUAGUGCUUUUUUUUUUUGUGUUGUAAUGUCUAAUUAGUUUCUUUCAUGGUCUUUUACUUGACAUGUCACAUGUCUACAAGCAAGCAAGGUUUUUGUUUUGUUCUUUUCUUUUUGUCUAAAACAGUAUGAACGAACAAACAUGGUGCUUGCCUGUAGAGCAAACAAGUAAAAAGAGAAUGUAGUGUGAGAAUUGCAAGCAAGAAACUAUGUUCUUCUUACGUUUGUAUUUCAUGGUUAAAGGCCAACGCAACGUUUGCCGAA